AUGGCUUCGAAUGGAAAUGAGCAAAGUAAGCUUAGCCCGACAGAGAGCUUUAAAGUUAAAAUACUAUUGGAAGAGGCUUUGAACAAGUUGUACUUCCUAAUCUCAAUGGGAUCUAAUACUACAUCAAUACAUAAAGAGGAAUUAACACGAUUUAUGGGGGAUGAGAUAUCAAGGAGUAUUAAGGAUCAGAAGGAACUUCAAUUGAGAUAUGAGGCAUUAGUGAUGCUAAGGGAUGAGUUACUCACUAAGUUAGAUGAUAGGGAUAGGCUACAUGAGACUCAGGCCAUUCUUGAUGAUAUCACUAUUGGACUAGCUGAAAGCAAUAAGAGUUUAUGCAGGAAUCUAGAAGCUAAUCCUGAUAUACCUGCUAAUCUGAUAAAAAUGGAGAAGGAGAGGGAAUUAGCUCAUAGUUGGAUUAAUGAUCUAUAUAUCGAACUCAAGGACUCAUUCACCUUUCUGGAUCUACGUCAUAAAGUUGAUACAGAGAAGAAGGCAUUAAACUACUUAACAGAAGUCAGGGCUCGAGAGCAGGCAGUCUCUAUCGAUGUAUUGAGAUUAGAGGAUGAAUUAAAACGGGAAUAUGAAGAGGAAGAGGUAGAAGGUAAGGAAAUGAAUGCUGAGAUAAGGAAAUUAAAAGAGGAAUUGUCCAGGAGCCGGAAUGUGGCUAAUAUUGAACUCAA